AUGCAAAAAGGUUUAUUAAAGGAUUCUGAUACUUUCCAGUUGUGUAGCAAUCCUUCUCUUGAGAUUAAAGCAAAAGAAUUGGAAAAUGAACUGGAGAAAGUUACGCAAAAUUCAUCAUUUAAGGAUGG